AUGGCAGACACAGCACCAGUCGCAUCGCCUCAAGGCACAAAGCGUACGAGAGACCAGGUCGAGGCCGAGGAUGCGACUCGGCCGAACAAUAAUGCGACCAACGACGACGCCGAUGGUGAGCAUGCGACCCGUCUGUGCUUGUCGUACCAUCUCUAUGUCGCCGCUCUGCCCGCCUCGCCUCGCUACUCGAAAUCAAUGAUGCACCAAGACCAACUAUGCUUCAACACCUUUACCCCUCAUACCGACUUCCUUAUUACCACAUCAAUCGAUGGCGCAUUUGUCAAGGAGUUCAAGGCUCACGAGGGAGAAGUCAAGAGCGUGAGCGUGAGCGCUGAUGGUCGUAGUUUCGCGACUGCAGGUGUCGACGGCUCUGUCAAGAUCUUCGAUGUCAUCACCUUCGAUCUGCUGGCUAUGCUGACCCCCGAUAUUGCUCCCAGAGCCGUGUGCUUCGUACACGGUCGUGGCGAGAACACCUCACCAUUGUACAAGUUGGAGAAGCUUCACAGAGUCUCGGUUUCGCUCUUGUCGUACAACCACCACUACGACUGCGUUGUAUCUGUCGAUGAAGGCGGCAUGAUCGAGUACUGGAGCCCUACUAGCAACUAUGAGAAGCCUGACAAUGUCUUCUCCAUCAAGAGCUCGACCAACUUGUUCGACUUCAAGAAGGCCAAAUCCGUUCCCUCGUCAAUCACCAUGUCUCCUACUGGUCAGCAGUUCGCAACUAUGUCUUUUCCCGAUCGCAAAGUUCGCAUAUUCGACUUUCCCACUGGAAAACUGUACAGAACAUACGACGAGUCACUUGCCACCAUCACCGAAAUGCAGCAGGCUGGAACUGCUGUUGACAAAUUGGACGAUGUCGAAUUCGGACGCAGGCUAGGUGUUGAGCGUGAAAUUGAGCAUCCUGCCGUUCGCGCGCGCAUCAAUGUCAUUUUUGAUGAAACAGCGAAUUUCAUCCUUUAUGGAUCCAUACUAGGCACCAAGGUCAUCAACACUUUGACCAACCGCGUUGUCAAAGUUUACGGUAAGGAGGAGCCUUUCAGAGCCCUAAAUUUGGCCCUCUACCAGGGUCAACCCGAGAAGAAGGGUGUCGUCACCGUACAAAUGGCUGCCAGUGACAACCCGUUGCUUCAACAAGCUGAAGCUCGUGACUCAAUGCUCGUCGCCACAGGAUCAGGGAAAGUACGCUUCUACAUGUUCACAAACGACACAGAUGUCAACAAAUCCGACCGCGAUAUCCACAAUGAAAAGCCACGUACUAUUGCAACCAAGCAACAAGCUGAAGCCGCAAAGGCUCAGACAGGCUCAUCCGCUACUAUCCACACAUCUAUGGGCGACAUUCAGAUACGUCUGUACCCUGAGCACGCCCCGAAGGCAGUGGAGAACUUUACUGUCCACAGCAAGAACGACUACUACAAUAACAUCAUCUUCCAUCGUAUCAUCCGCAAGUUCAUGAUUCAGACUGGUGAUCCGCUGGGCGAUGGUACUGGAGGUGACAGCAUCUGGGGCACCAACUUUGAAGACGAAUUCACGCCUGCCUUGCGUCACGACAAGCCUUACACCGUCAGUAUGGCGAAUGCUGGCAAGAACACUAAUGCCAGUCAGUUCUUCAUCACCACUGAGAAAACGCCGUGGCUAGAUGACAAGCAUACAAUCUUUGGACGAGUAGUCAGAGGUAUGGAUGUGGUACACAGGAUCGAAAACGCAAAAGUGUGGAAGGAGAAGCCAAUGGAGGACAUCAAGAUCAUCAGUAUCUCGGUAAACUAG